CUUGUUUUAACACACACAAAGAGGAGGGUAGGCGAAAAAAAAGAAAAUCCAGCACUUUUCGCUGAAUACUUCUCACGCCCCAGUAGAUUUAGAACACAUCUUUCUCUCUCCUAAUUUUCUCUGCAAUUUUCGCUGAUGAGUUUGUUGGGUCACUGCAAUGGUUUCACUGGGAAUAUCGUCAACUUUCCUAGCUAUAAACUUCGACCUCAAACUUAUAACGUCGGGAUAAGGGUGCCCAUAAAAAUGUUAAGGAGGGAUUCAGGGGCAAAGGAAUAUGAUCAAGAUGAUGUUUUGAUGUCAAAGAAUGAUUUGAAGAGGAAGGUGAAUGCCAUAGCAGUUGUGAAUGCAUUAACUGUAGUGAACUUGCUUGGGAUAGAACCAGCAAAUGCCAUCCAAAUGAAGGAUAUAAUGCAGGAUAAGGUUGCAUCUAUCUAUGUGCUAGCUGAUGGUGGUAUCGGAGAUUGGUUCGGAGGCGUUCUAUAUUCAGCUGGUCAACAAGCCAAUGAAGCUGUUCUAGACCAGUUGUCCGCUCUUAGUUUGACAAGUCUGGCUGUCAUUUUUGGAGCUGGACUAGUAACCAGUCUUUCCCCUUGUACAUUAAGUGUUUUGCCGUUAACACUUGGUUAUAUAGGUGCUUUUGGCUCUGGGAAAAGCAGAGGACAGGUCGUCGGUGAUUCUGUUGCUUUUGCAUUAGGAUUGGCUACUACGCUGGCACUCCUUGGUGUUGGAGCCUCUUUUGCUGGAAAAGCUUAUGGACAAAUAGGACAAGGAUUGCCUAUUGCUGCUUCUGGUCUUGCUGUAGUGAUGGGGCUAAAUCUUUUAGAGAUAAUUGAGUUGCAGCUUCCAUCAUUUUUCAAUGACUUUGAUCCCCGUGCAGCUGCUGCAAACUUCCCCUCCAGUGUGCAAGCAUAUUUGGCUGGUCUUACAUUUGCUUUGGCAGCAUCACCUUGCAGCACACCUGUCCUAGCCACUCUACUUGGUUAUGUGGCUUCGACCAAGGAUCCUCUAAUUGGGGGCAGCUUACUGCUGAGUUACACUAUAGGCUACGUUGCUCCUCUGCUGCUGGCUGCAUCUUUUGCUGGAGCAUUGCAGAGUCUGCUUUCAUUUCGCAAGUUUUCAGCUUGGAUCAACCCAAUAAGCGGCGCCCUCCUCUUGGGCGGAGGUUUGUACAGUGUACUGGACAGAGUUUUCCCUACAACAAUGGUGAUGUAGAUAUUUGGAGUUAAAAUAUAUGUUUAGAAAACUACAUGAUAAUAUUUUCCUGUAUAAAGGUUUCCCGGCUUCAAAUUCAAGUUCCUGUACAAUUUGUAGGACAUAAUUUUCAAUUCUGAGUGUAAAACUCAGUGUACAUCAGCUAACAUAUCUGAACCAUGUAUAAUUGUAAAUGAUGAGUGUAUUUCACACGAACCCUGCCAA